AUGGCGACGACGCCCUCGCGAAGCGCGUACAGCACGCCGACGAGGGGCGCGCCCCGCGCGGCAGAGCCCACCACGUCCGCGAUGCGCGACCGCCAAGCGCGCGGCAAGGACCCCUACCGGGACGGCAGCGAGAGCGACUACGACGACGACAGCGCCGACAGGCGAGUCCGCCUGGGCAGACGGCUCGCGACGGAACCGUUCGAGGACAAGGAGAGGCGCGGCUUCGCCCUGAGCGUGCUCGACUGUCCCGAGUCGCUGACGAUGUAUGCCCUCGGCGCGGGCGAUGUGCGUUUGCCCUUUGCCCUUUGCCCCUUGCCCCUUGCCCCUUGA